AUGCGUCGACUUCCCGGCCGAGCCGGGCUCCUCCUCGGCGUGGUGCUGCUGACGGCGCUGCUGGCCGCGGUGCCGGGGCUCCCCCUGAGGAAGCCGCGGGGCCCCGGACCCUGGCCCAGGAGCCACGCGAGGCUGGCGGAGGUGAGCGGCGGGGCGCGCGGGGCUGCGGCGCGCACGCGGUCCCUCCUCCCCGGGCCACCGGCUCUGGCCGCGUGGGGAGCGGAGGCCAGGACUCGGGCAGCGACCACGCGAGGGAGAGGGGCGGAGGCCGGCCGGACGCCCCCGGGCACCGGCGGAGGCCAGGUGCGCGCUCGCUGGGACCGGAGCUUGUCGGAGUGGCAGGCUGGGGCUGCUGAAGCUCAGAAGGCCUCAGCCUCCCCAGAUCCUGACUCUCCUAGAGAAGAGAAGGAGGCACUACUGCUCCCCAGAGCCCACCUGCAGGCAGGGCCACACCGACAGAGGCGCUGGACUCUCCCUGAGCCAGCAACUCUGGCCCCAGGCAAAGCUGCCCCUCCUGGGACCCUGGAGGACACUCCCUUGCUGCUGGAGCUGCAGAAGCUGCCAGUAUUGGCCAACACAGACUUGAGUACUCCGAACCCCAAUAUCCAGGUAACCAUCGAGGUGGUAGAGGACCCCCAGACUGAGGCAGAAAUGGACCUGUUGGCUGAACCCAGCAGUCGCUGGCCCCAGAGCUCUCCUAGCUGGCUGGCCACCAAAGAGCUCUUCUGGCCCCUCUUCUGGGGCUAUGUGGAGGGCAAAGAUGGGGACACCGGUCUCAAGAACAGAGCCCCAGGAGAAGAGGAGGAGGAGGACGAGGAGGAUUACCCUGCAGAGUACAGUGAGGGUGAGGACCAGGAGGCCAACGAUGAGGAAGAUGAGGAGGAGGAGGAGGAGCCUUGGUCUGGUAGGGCCACAGACGGCAGGGAUCAGGGCUGGCUGGCCCCCAGGGACUGGGCCUUCAAGGAGCCGGACAGCUACGACUAUGAGCCUCAGGAAGAGUGGAGCCCCUGGUCUCCCUGCAAUGGGAGCUGCGGCAACAGCAGCCAACGGAGGACUCGGCCCUGCGGCUACGCCUGCACUGCCAUCGAGUCCCGUGCCUGCAACCUGCCCCUCUGUGCUGGCACAAAGGAUGAGGACACCUUGGGCUUCCCCAGUGAGGGGUGGCAGCCCCUGACCCACAAUGCUACGGACAUGCUUGGCCCAGAUGUGGACAGCUGUGAGAAGUGGCUGAACUGCAAGAGCGACUUCUUAGCCAAGUACCUGAGCCAGGUGCUACAGGACCUGCCCAGCUGUCCCUGUGCAUACCCGCUGGAGGCCGUGUACAGUGCUGUUAGCCUGCAGGACGAGCACCAGGGACGCAGCUUUCGGUGGAGGGACGCCAGUGGCCCACGCGAGCGCCUGGAUGUUUACCAGCCCACAGCACGCUUCUGCUUACGCUCCCUGCUGUCCGUGGAGAGCAGCACACUGGCCGCACAGCACUGCUGCUAUGACGAGGGCAACCGGCUGCUGACCCGUGGUAAGGGCGCCGGGGCGCCCGACCUCGUCAGCACUGACUUCUCACCUGAGCUACACUUCCAGGUGGACACGCUGCCCUGGAUCCUGUGUAAGGGGGACUGGAGCCGCUACCACGCUGCGAGGCCCCCCAACAAUGGCCGGGCCUGCACCGACAACCCCCCCGAGGAGGAGUACCUGGCCCAGUUGCAGGAGGCCAAGGAAUACUAA